AUGACAGAUACUGUAACGACCCCAGGCUGGUACCAAUCCAACGUAACAACCAUCGACCCCGAGGCCCGAUCGCUUCUAGAGGAAUACAGUGGCAUCCAACCUGAUGAGGUUCUGUCCCAUGUUCUCGCCCUACGAGAUGAAGCUUUCAAAAUUUUCCCUUACCCCUGCAUCGGGCAAAUGCGGUUUUUGAGCUGCCACCUCGCGCGCCUUCCAUUCUAUCCACGUGUGCUUGCUCGCCUCCGCGCCCACGCCUCCACAGGAUUCCUCGAUGCAGGAUGCUGCGUCGGCCAGGAGCUCCGCUACUUGGUACAUUGUGCUAAGAUCCCAGCUCGGAGCCUGUACGGGUUUGAUCUAGAAUCCGGCUUUUUUGAUCUCGGAUACAAACUUUUCCGGGAUAACGAUGCAAAAUUCCCUGCAACUCUGAUUCCAGCGGAUCUGGGGACCAAGGAUUCUGAAUGGGAAACAUCCCCAGUUGUAGAUACUAUGCGGGGGAAGAUUGAUGUGGUGUGGGCGGGCUCAUUGCUGCAUUUCUGGGACUUCGAGGGGCAGGUGCAGUCAAUCCUUCGGUUGAUUGGGUUGUGUCGUGAGGACAAGGGAGUGAUUCUAUGUGGAAGGCAAAUGGGGAGUUUGUUAGCUGGGGAGUAUGUGAUGACCGGGUUACAGGAGAUAAAUCACUAUCGGCAUAAUGUCGAAAGUCUAAAGGGCUUGUGGUUCGAGAUUCAGCAGAGGACAGGACAAAGGUGGGAAAUCGAGGCGAGUUUGGAGGUUGGCGAGACGACGACCAAGAUGCAGGGAAUGAGUUUUGUAGACUUAAAUGUGAGAGUCAUCUGGUGGUGUGCCACUAGAUUGUCUUAA